AUGGGUAGGCCACCAUGUUGCGAGGAGACUGGUUUGAAGAGAGGACCAUGGACGCCUGAAGAAGAUGAGAAGCUUACCGCUUAUAUCAGUAAGCAUGGCAGCGGAAGUUGGAGAACAGUCCCAAAGGAAGCAGGCCUCAAGAGAUGUGGUAAGAGCUGCAGGCUAAGAUGGACCAAUUAUCUUAGGCCUGAUAUCAAGAGAGGCAAAUUCACUGAAGAAGAGGAGAAAUUGAUCAUCAACCUUCAUUCUGUUCUUGGAAACAAGUGGUCGAAGAUUGCAACGCAUCUUCCAGGGAGAACCGACAAUGAGAUUAAGAAUUUCUGGAACACCAAUUUAAGGAAGAAGCUUCUCCAGAUGGGUCUUGAUCCAGAAACUCACAAGCCAAGAACUGACUUGAAGCAUCUCUUGAGUCUCUCGCAGUUGCUUGGCGUGGCUAAUAAUAACUUGAUGAGCCCCUGGAGCCACGGGGGUCUAGGUUUCCAGCAACCGGAUUUGACUCAUCAGUUAGCCCAACUCCAACUCCUCCAGAAUCUGUUGCAGCUUAUGAAUGGCAACUCAUCGUUGGUCAGUAACAUGCGGAGUGUUCUUCCAAUCUUGGGUUCUCACAGUUUGAUCAAUAACCCAAUGGAAGCAGUUAUAAAUAAUGGUCCAAACAGUACUCUCCCCAACAGCUUGAGAGAGCAAGAAUUAUAUGCAAGCCCUGCUCUAUUUCCUACAGCACCAAGUGAAUCACAGCAGGAUAUUUCAGAAUCAUGGACAGACCUAGGAGGAGCAUCAGAUCAACAAAUUUUGGGUAUUAAUAAUAUCAGCAGAACUUCAUCACAUGAAAUGAAUCAAGUUGAAAAUCCAUUUCCUGCAACCAGUUCAGGUAACUUCAACCAAAUGGAUAGCUCUAAUACUGAUGAAGGGUCCCACCUGCAGUCAUCUCCAUCCCCACUCUUUGAUGCUUGGGAAAAACUCUUGGAAGAUGAUGCAAGCGAUUCCUAUUGGAAAGAACUUUUAGAGUAA